AUGACGACGCUGAAAGUUCUCCUCAACCAUCCGCGGUCGGAUCACAUUGACAGCUCCUACACCAUGCUGGGAGGCGCCAUCACUCCCUCGGAAUCCGUCUAUCGACCUUCAUCCCAUCAAACUUCUCACCCAUCAUCUCACUUGGACACCGGCAGUUCCAGGUCCACGUCGACCAAUACCACCCCCACUUCCUCCACAGCCCCGCCAUCAACGUCCGCCGCCGCCUCUGCUCGUCUGCACUCCCACUCUUCGCAUGAUGUGCCUGCCUAUAUCAACCGGUCAUCUCACACACCCUCUCAACCGUCCACGCGAGAAUCUUCAGCCACGCCGGGAUCGACAUACACCCAGCCUCCCUCAAUGAGUUCCACCCAUGUGCCUUAUGCCGACUCUUCCACUUACCCCGCGUUCCAUCGCUCCCAACAUGUGAGUACCAACCAGGCUGCAGCAGCGCCGAUCACCGGUUCUCACCGGGAGAGCCACUCAUCUCCCGCUUCACCUCGGCUGAAGCCGACACAUCAGUCUCUGCGGUCGCUGGGUGGCUCAGAAGCGAACUCCCCGAGUCGCAUCAAAGUCCGUGAUCUGUCUCAUAUCCAGAGCUUUGCCAGCGAAGAAUUUUUGGCCCAGUCGCAGAGAGAUCAAGUGCCCGGGCAGUGGUCCCAGGAGCGCCAGUAUGAGAUUAGCUCUAUGCCAGUCACCGAUAUCAUUGAGAUGGUUGCUGGACUUCUUACGAAAAUCACCACGACCAAUGACACACACCAUGAGCAGAUUCAUCGACACAUUCCUCCCCCUGAUGGCACAGCAAGCCUUAGCCCGCAAGCUACGAGUGUGCUUGCGUUCCAUGGCAAGAAUGUACCGAGCAUCAGCAUUCUCAGCUAUUUGACUCGCAUUCAUAAGUACUGUCCAACUACUUAUGAGGUCUUCCUAAGCCUAUUAGUGUACUUUGAUCGCAUGACUGAGCUAGUGAAUAAAGGCCAAUUGGAGCGUCUCCAGCGGCGCUGGGGACACAUCCAACCGGACUCCGCCUCUCGGCCAGGGUCUCAGGAGUCGGCAGUAAAACCUGCGCAUGGCUCGCCCAUGGUGACUCCCCCAUCUUCUGCUGGAAUGAGAGCACAGGACCCGACAAGUCCAUCAUCUAUAUCACCGUCUUUGCACCCCCAGGAGGAAGACGACUACUUUUCCCAAUUUUUUGUUGUCGAUAGUUUUAACAUUCACCGGCUGGUCAUCGCGGGCGUGACCUGUGCCAGUAAAUUCUUUUCCGAUGUUUUCUAUACUAAUUCUCGAUACGCGAAGGUGGGAGGUCUUCCGCUGGUUGAGCUGAACCACCUCGAGCUUCAAUUCUUACUACUAAAUGAUUUUCGACUCUCAAUACCAGUUGAAGAAUUGGAAGCAUAUGGAACCAUGCUUGUCGAAUUUUAUGCACGGGAGAUUGUUGCUCAACAACAGCAACAGCAGCAGAUAGCAUCUCAAACAGGGGUGCCUCGUGCGUUCGGCUCAUCUACGGGGACGGACCCUCAAUCGGAUGCGAUGUAUAUGCGGUCUUACGAGAAGCGUCGCCCCGAUCAGCCGGAAAUUCGACAGACCCCAACGCCACCGUAA